AUGCCUCAAUACGGAGCCCUUGGCGCGACUUUCAUGAUCGCCCGGAUCAUCCAGGUCUGCUGCCUUAUUGCCAUCAUCGGAUUGACGGCCAACUUCAUCGCAGAGAUUGUGAACAGUGACCUCACUCCUCCUAGUAUCUUUAUCGGCACGAUCACAGUGACCUGCAUCGCAGUAAUCUACUGCAUAAUCACAGCGAUUCUUUUCUUCGAUAAUAUUCUCCCCUUCUUGGCCUCCGCCAUCGCAGACUUCCUCCUCCUCAUCGCUGUCAUCGUCGUGGCUGUCAUAAUCGGAAAGCCACUUUCGUAUCUGCAAUGUGAUAAGAUUGCCGAGGUUACCGACAAGAUUUCCAGCGCAUAUGCCUUUGCCACGAAAUUGAGCAGCUACCUAUCCCACCUGAGCGGGAAGUUGCAGUACGUGACUUUGAUUGGUGCGAGCAAGGGGGUUUGCUUGGAGGCGAAGAGUAUCUGGGGAUUGAGUAUUGCUUUGUGCAUCAUGUUCUUUUUCUCCAUGAUCUGUUGCAUCUGUCUCUGGAAGCAGAAGAAGGCGAGUGGGACGGAAAAGCUGGAUGGCUGA